GUAAAGACCGAUUCUGACGUCGGGAGGCUACUCCUGGAAAAUCUUGUGGAAACUCCACAUGAUUUUGUGCAUAUUUUGAGUAUUAGUAGUUCUUUAUUCUUGUCCGUAACGUUUCAGGUUUCAGGUUCAGGGAGGAAGGCUGACUCUUCUCACUGCUGUAUAUAAACUUAAAUCAUAGUAUGGAGCUCUGCUGCAUGAACACGGACUCCGUCUCCGCACUAGAAAUCGGACGACGGCUGUUUUUCUCCUCUAACAGCUAACGUCUGCUUUUAUCCACUAGCUUCAUUUACCAUUCUUCCGUUUUUUGUUUUUUUCCUCAUCGAUGACUCAAAUAGCAGGAAGCUUCCUCUCGGGUGUUUAGUUAUAAACCAGGAUGAAGUGGUGACGGUUUGAGUAGAAGUUUGAACCAUGAGGUCUCCUCUGGCUCCCGGGAUACGACUGAUCACCUCCUUUUCUCGGGACAGCUGGUAUCGUGGUUUUAUUCUCCUCCUCACAUUCCUCUUCUACACAGCCUACCACCUCUCAAGGAAGCCAAUCAGCAUUGUUAAGAGUGAACUGCAUAGAAACUGUUCAUUAGUCAUUCGACCAGCGUACCUCAACAUAACUGAUAAUGAUACCUGGUGUGACUGGGCGCCUUUUGAUCAAGUCAACUAUCAAACCCUCUUUGGUGUCCUGGAUAACUCCUUCCUUGUCGCCUAUGCCAUUGGCAUGUUCUUCAGUGGGAUCUUUGGAGAGCGCCUUCCUCUGCGGUACUACCUGAGCUUCGGGAUGGUGAUGAGCGGAUUGUUUACAUGUUUGUUCGGCCUCGGCUACUACUGGAACAUCCACUCUUUAGGGUACUACGCCUUCGUCCAGGUGAUGAACGGGCUCAUGCAGACCACCGGUUGGCCUGCUGUGGUGGCCUGUGUCGGCAACUGGUUUGGAAAAGGGAAGCGUGGGUUCAUCAUGGGCGUCUGGAACUCCCACACCUCGGUGGGAAACAUCCUAGGUUCCCUCAUCGCUGGAGUUUUUGUCUCCUCAGAGUGGGGGAUGUCCUUCAUUGUCCCAGGACUCAUCAUCGCUGCCGCUGGGAUCCUCUGCUUCAUUUUCCUGGUUGAAAAACCUGAAGAUGUGAACUGCUCUUCUCCUCAGCAUCAUAUCAUUCAGGAGUACGGUGAGACCGAGCCUCUACUGCAAAACGGGAACAGGAGCAUCAAUGGUGCCGUCUCCACGGAGACUCCGAAGAUCAUACAGGAACACUCUGAGGCCAUAAGCUUCUAUGGAGCUCUCUGUAUACCUGGAGUGGUGGAGUUUUCUCUUUGCCUCAUGUUUGCCAAACUGGUCAGCUACACCUUCCUCUACUGGCUUCCCCUCUACAUCUCUAAUGUUGCACAUUUUCAAGCAAAACAAGCGGGAGACAUGUCAACGUUAUUUGAUGUAGGAGGGAUUGUUGGAGGCAUCAUGGCCGGCCUGGUGUCUGACUUCACGGGGGGGAGAGCGUCAACCUGCUGUGUCAUGCUGAUUGCUGCUGCACCGAUGCUCUUCCUCUAUAAUUACAUUGGACAAAAGAGCCUCGGGAUCACAAUUGGUAUGCUGCUGCUGUGUGGAGGCCUUGUGAACGGACCGUACGCCCUGAUCACCACGGCUGUAUCUGCUGACCUGGGAACACACGAGAGUCUGAGAGGAAACUCCAGAGCUUUAUCAACUGUUACUGCAAUCAUUGACGGCACUGGAUCAAUAGGUGCAGCGUUGGGUCCUUUGUUGGCUGGUUUGAUCUCACCCACCGGCUGGAACAAUGUUUUCUACAUGCUCAUCUCUGCUGACAUCUUAGCCUGCCUGUUUUUGACUCGACUCGUCUUUAAGGAAAUCAAAGGCUGGUGUGGACGGAUUCCCUGAGCCAGUGGGUGAGUCACUAACGUGACUGGUUUUAAACAUGGAGCCACAAAAAAAAAUCAGAAUAAUGAGAAGACAGAAUUUUUUUCCUUGUAUCUAUAAUAUUUUUCCACUCAUUCCACCCAUCUCUUACGCUUCAUCAAUCUUUAAGUUUAAACAUAUUUCAAGUAAAAAUACCUGACUUUGAGUUGCACUGUAAAUGGAUGCACAAUUACAGUGCAUGAUGAUAAUAAUUUCAAAAAUAUGACAUGUCAAUUGGUCAUUAGUCAAGCCUUUCCAACUGAAAUCAAAAUGAAAGUAAAUAAAAGUAGUAAAAUAGUGAUUCUCUCAACAUAACUGUAAUUUCUUCUUUUAUUUCUUGUUUAUAAGUUUAAAAUAAAUUUAAUCUCACAAUCAAAACAAACUGUCACAGAACUAUAACUAAACCAGACCUCUUCUCACUGUAUAGCCAAAGAAAGCAAAGCCAGAAGAUUCAAGUUACUAAGCUGAUGAUUGAAGCUUUUUGUUUGUAAAGCAACAAAGGAAAUGUCACUUUGCAGAGACAAAUUUUAAUCACAUUAUUCUAAGUUGUUUUAAUGUUCUUUUAUUGUUUGUCUUAAUCUUGUUUUUGACUUGCUGUCUACUCACAAGUGAUUCCACUGGAAAUUUGGUAAACUCUGACAUUAAUCAGAUGUGCUGUAAAAAUGCUGCUUAUGCUCAGUGUAUAAAACAAUCAAAUAAAUAAUGUUAAAAAUCAUGCAAGAUUCUGUCCCUGUUUUUGUAAGACAUUACAGCUCACAUGUUAGCUGUAGCUGAAAUAUGUAUCUCAGGUAUGUAGAUGCAUUUCCACUACAAAUGUACAGUUUUGUGAAAUACACUAAUUUUCAUACGACUGAAAAAAAAACUCAUCUGAGCGCAAAACCUUUAUAAAAAAACAUGGGUUUUUAUGAAACUGGCAUAAUUCCAUUAAAGCCUGUAAAAUUUACAUUUUAUGUAAAAUUCACUCUUUUAGCACUUAAUUUUUUUGUGUUCUUUGUGUCUGAGUUCAAAAAGUUAAAAUGUAUUCUCUCGUAGUACUGCAUAGCUAUUUUUACAUUGUUUUUUGGGAUGUAUUUUUCAGUCUGUUCAUUUUUCUCUAUUCACUGUAAUAUUUUUCUUGUCUAUGACAUCACCACAUUUACUGUGGAACUUCUAAAUAAAGUCAUAUCUUCCGGCUAA